AUGAGCGCCACACACCGUCCCACUGGCAGGGACCUUGCAGUUGCAAGUGCGAGGUCAGAAGACCUAUCUUCUGCCGUUCGUUACCAACUUGGGCUGGUCUUCCUGGGCCUCUCGGGCUUGGCCCAGCCUGGCUGGUUAGAGCGAUCUCCAGAUUACGAGUUUAUCAUCCAGGCUGGGGAGGUGGCAAAAAGGCUACGACCGCGUGUCCCAGCUCCACCCGUCCCGGCAGGCCAUGGCGUGUCCGAAGAGGAGCUUCGAAGCCUGGUGCCAGGCACGGUGGCGGCAACUCGGGUUGAAGAGCGGACCGCGCUCCGGUUGUCGGAGCCUGUGGACUACGUGUCGGUGGAUGUUUGGGAGGAGCGCUUGGGCAUCCUGGAUAGCAAGCCCAGCAGACAACACAUCGGUCAGUGUUUCAUUCCCUUGGAGCCGCGCUUCAACAAGAGGCCUUGCACAUGGUCCAUUCUCAAAGGUGCCAGUGAGGUUGGUUUCAUCACUUGCAGGUUUUCACUAAGCACUACGCCGGCUCCCGUGCGGAGCCUUCACGUGGUCAAUGCCGCCAGGGCCGAUGAGUUGCGCUUGGCGUGGGAGCCGCCUUCAAGCGAUGGGGACCUGCCACUGCGUCUUCCGACUGACAGAGUGCUGGUAGCUUUGGCCCUGCUCUCGACAAAGGUGCUCGAGCAGCGUCUCCCCGCCAUAGCACCAGUGGUGGUGUUCUACAGUGAUGAUACAGUGUGGCAUGAAAGACUGAUCCUCUUGCCAGGGGACAUAGACGGCUACUACUGGAUCUGGACACCCGACAGCGACAUCUACGAAGAAAACCUCCAGGGACGGGCCGCCGAUGGGCCAGAGAAGGUGAAGGUAGUCCCGGCUGGAGUGCGCACUUUGGCCAAUCUGCGUCAUGGUGUGUACAGGUUUCGAGAUCCUGUCACUGACGACGUUCUGCUUGCUCAAGUCCGGGAAGCGCAUCGACAACAUGUGUCUGUCUACGGUGCGCAACGUGUGGACAGGUCCCAGAUGGUCCAUCUUCCAGGUGGAACUUCUCGCUCGCUGGACGAGGAAGGGACUUUGAGCCAACAGGGCCCUCACAAUCUUGGCUUUUUUCUGAGCCUCGAGUACCAGCUGGGGCAAAAGACUGUCCCAAUGAGGGGCACCGACGUGAUGCUGGGCGCCACCGAUGGCGUGUUUUUCAGAGAUGGCUUUUGGAUUCGUGGGGAGCUAGUCGAGGACGCGGUCCGGGAUGAAUGGCUGGUGGCACGUCGGAGUGAGCUGGGUCUUCUACACCCGGGUGGUCUUCAUGGAUCCGGAAGCGGUCUUGGGGGUGAGUUCCAACCAGAGGCAGCUGGCACAGGGCUCGAGCAAGAGAAAGAGAUGAGAGACCUCCGCAUCUUGCCCAUCCUGUUUGACUCCGCAGAUGAGCGCUGGCGCACCUUGUCCGAAGCCCUCCCACUCUACGAGGAGGUCGAGUUUGACGACUUUCCUUUGCAGGGUCCCCGCACAGUUUACCAUGAUGUUCGGCAGUUGCGACGGCUUGGAAUGUCAUGGGUGCAGCACCACGAGUCUUGGCUGAAGAAAAGCGGGGUGAGAGUGACAGAUAGGAGCGUCCAUGAGCACUCCUCGCUGUGCCGUGUCUUGGAUUACAUGUCCUCGUACGAUCAGCUCAACAUUCCAUCGCUGGCCUGCGCAGAAGCCUUGAACCGAAGGAGGUCCUUGAUUGAGGUGGCGCACCAAGGCAGACCGGAAGCGCCUUCUUCCGAGGGCCGACGAGAUCGUGAGGGACAUGGCGGACGGCUCUGUGGUGGACCCGGCGCUGACCCAGCACGCGGCAAAGAGACAGGCGAGAUCUUGAAGCAGAACCGGCUGGCAGCAGAAGAGAGAAAGCAAGCUGUGCGUCGAGGCGACGGUGGCCAAGGGGACAAGGGAGGCAAGCCAGACAAGCCCGGGAAGGGGCCCGGGAAAGGCGAGAUUGGGGAGCUUCGUUCGAGGAGGUCGCAGCAAAGAGUCGGGGCACGGCGAAUGCGUCUUCGGCGAGAGGCUGAGACUGUCCAGGCCCUCAACGAGCUGGGAGGUUUUUCAGAUGAGCGGCAAUGGCCGGCAUUUUGUCGGAACCAGGCCCAGAGUGCUUCUCUUGCACGUAUUCGACGGGCGCACCAAAACAGAGCGCCUGCUCCUGAAUCCAUGACACCGCAGGCAGCGCUCAGGCAGCUGCUGCAGAAGGCCGGGUCCUCCUAUGGGGAGGGGCAGCCGGGGCAGGUUGUGAGUUACAUCCGAGAUCGCCUGUCGCUCCCGCGGGAUCAAGCGGAGCCAGUCAUGUUGGAAGAGUUGUUGCCGCGCAAGGAGCUUCAAAUGUUGAUCGACUUUCGGGAGCACAUGAUGUUGUCCAGUGAGGAGCUUGCCGGGGUCCUAGAGAAGGGCUUGGAAAAUGACAAGUACUUUGACCCUUUGCUGGACAGCUGCCCCAGAAAGUACCACGAGCUGAUUGCAGACAUGUACGGUGCAAAACUACUAGGUUUUACCACGCAGCCCAAGGUACAAGUUGGCCUUUUCUGCGUCAGCAAAAAGGCUGGCAAGCAAAGACUCAUUGUGGAUGCCAGACGAGCAAAUAAGAUUUUCAAAAAACCACCAUCCACCGUUUUGGGAUCUGUUGAGGCAUGGGGUCGCCUUGAAUGUGAAGAAGAUGAGCUUUUCAUUGCCCAGGAAGAUGUGAAGGAUUUUUUCUAUAGGUUGCAGAUACCGAAGGAUCUGGGAGAGUUCUUCGCAUUUCCGCCGAUUGAUGCAUGCAUGCUAAAGGACGUGCUUGGCUACGUCCCCGAUGAGGUGAGAGAUCUUGCCGGGUCAGAGGAGGCGCCCAUUUUCCCACACAUGCGUGUCCUUCCCAUGGGUUUCAGUUGGGCUUUUCACCUGGCGCAUGAGGCUCACAAAACUCUGGCGUGCCGAACUUUGCCUUCGGCAUCUUUGCUGGAAGACAGGCGAGCGGCGCCAGUGAUGAGCAAAGCACGUACCAACUCUGCUAUGCUCAUCUACGCAGACAACAACAAUCACUUGGGUGUCACCAGGGAUCGUGUCGAGUCUGACCAGGGCAGGGUUCUAGAAGCUCUUCAUGAACAUGGCCUAGACACUCAUGACCACGUUUACUGCACAUCUUUGGCAGAGAGCUUGGCAGUCCGCAUUGAUGGGCUGGGAGGCACAGUUGGACCCACGGCUGCUCGAGACUGGCGGCUAGACAAAGCUUUGGAAGCGUGCCUCUGGAGACCGCGGCUGUCGGGGUCCGAGCUCCAGGUCCUUGUGGGACACAUGACAGUGCGCGCCUUGAUCAACCGCGGUCUGAUGGGCUUGCUCAGGCAUUGUUACGUGUUCAUCGAGGAGUGCUACGACAGGCGCACCCGGCUUUGGCCUAGUGUGGUUGCCGAGCUGCGCUGGUUCAGAGCACUCAUGCCGUUGGCCGUGGCCAACAUCUUCAGCAAGUGGAGCGGCACCGUCUUUGCAACUGAUGCAUGCCUGACAGGAUACGCCGUCUGCGCGGCCAACAUGGAUGCGGAGGAGGUCCGAGGGGUAGGUCAAGAAGACGAGCGCUGGAGAUUUUAUCGGGGGGAAGGGGAGAAGCUUGCGCCAAGGGCUGCUGCUCUUGAUACCUCUGCGGUCUUUAAGGAUCCUGUCACAGUGCGCCCCGAGAGCACGGACGCACCUCAAGGCUCAGUAAACAUCAACCCCAAAUUCCCCGAGGUGCCCAAGGAGUUCCUGGAGGGAGGCCGUUGGCGCAUGCUUUGGAAUGCGCCUUUCUCCUACAAGGACCCGAUUCACAUUCUGGAGUGCAGGAGUGUCUUGAGCACGGUGAAGCAUGUGUGCAGAAUGUUGCUGACGCGGGCAGUCGCCAGUGGGAACCGCGCGGGCAACAGGAUGAGCAAGGACACGGCGGCUGGCGGGAAGCGGGAGGUCCAGAUCUUCACGAGAGAGGAGGCCAGAGCAGCCAACAAAAGGAUGCGGGGCCCACCUCUGUCAGAAGAGAUGUGCACAAAUCGCAAGACUCUGAGGUCAGUCUCUCCAGUCAGAGAACGGUGGGGUCGAGCGGCGAUGGAGCGGGGUCUUCGCGAGAACCUCAAGCGCAGCGAGAAGAAGCGAGUGCGGGCAAGAAGGAGGCAGCAGAAGCAUGGCCAGAGACUCCGGGCCACUCGAGGGGAGAGGUCUCUUUUAGAGCUGGGAAGCAUCGCGGAAACGACUCGGAAGGACUACAGCAAGAAGCUGAGCGGGUUCUACGACUUUGCCGCGUUCCACCUGCUCGAGUUGGCCUUAGAGAAAAACCUCGACGAAGCGCUCCUCGAGUACUGCGAUUUCCUUUACCUAAACGGCGAGGGUUGCAACCACGGUCAGAAACUCCAGGCGGCCCUGGAGUACGAAAGGCCGGAGAUGGCAAGGGAAGGACGUUUGCGUCUGCCCCGGUUCGGGAGGGCGUUGAAAGGGUGGCGCAAAAUGUCGCCCCCGCAAUGCCGAAUGCCAAUGGUGGAGUUCCUGAAGAGUGCCAUCAGCGGUUUGAUGAUCCAUGCUGGUUUCGGGGAAAUGGCCCUGUACAACGAGACGAGCUUCUCAACGUACGCCCGCCCAGGCGAGCUUUUGAAGAUGAAGGCUGCGGAUUUUGUGCCGGCGAAUCGCGCGUAUCAACAUGCAGUUUUGGUACUGGCUCCCAUGGAGCGUGGAGAGGGGACAAAGGCUGGGGUGUACGACGAGACGCUCAUCCUGGACGACUCAAGGGCCCCUUGGCUCACCGAUGCACUCCAGCUUCAGACAACCAAAGCGCUCAAGCAGGGCGAGGAGGCGAAUCUUUGGUCUUUCUCCGCGGCCGAGUACCUUCGUGUGUGGCGGAAGUGCGUGAGCGCGCUAAAGAUCGAGGAGAUCGCCGUCAGCCCUUACCAGAACAGGCAUGGAGGAGCUUCCAGAGACCACCUGUUGAAGUUGAGAUCGGUGCAGGCAAUUCAGAGACGAGGACGCUGGGCCGUGGACUCCAGCGCUCGGAUCUACGACAAGCCAGGCCGCCUACAGCAGAUUGUGAACAAGUUCAGCUCGAAGUGGGAGGCCUUUGGAGAGAAGGUCAGGGCGAACUUUCUCCACUACUACCGAAAUGGUACGUGCCCGGUUCCUGCAGAACUGCUGAGAGUGUGGAAUCGUCUCUGA